UAAAGCAUCAUUUUCUUACGCAUAUAAAUGCACAACUCUGUCCUAAUUUAACCGACUUUGUAUCUCUUACGGUUUACAAGAUUCCAAGGCUGGACAUAAUAUUUUUGCAGUUCCAUAACUUGUAUUUGAACGAUGUACUUUGAGUGAGCUUUGAAAUUAUUUAUAGUAAAAAUCCAACCCAAAUAGCUAACGAAUUUCAGACUAAUCGAAGUAAAUGGCAAAAUGGUCUUAACCAAAUCCAGAGAAGACCUUGCCAGAUUAUUGGCGGCAGCUCCAGAUCCAGCCCAGCUGGUGAUUUUGCGAAAAGAAUCUGAAACUGGUUCUAACGUUAGUUCUGCACCGAAACCUUCCGCUCAAGAGGUCGCAGCUCUUCGAUCUGAGCUAGAGCUAAUCAAGGACCAAGCUGAGGAAACGCAGCGAAUUAAAGAGGGCCUCAGAAGUGACAACAUCCGACUAACCCAUCGGAUUUCCUAUCUUGAAGAGCAAGUAUCAGAGCUGCAAAGCAAAAAAUCUGCUCUAGAGCCGCGACUUCCAUCCACUCCUACUCCUGUGAUCUCCAAGUCAAACCAAAAUGUCACCAACAUUAAUAUCACGUCCCAAAGCUCUCCGGUGUCUAGUCAUUCAGGCGACAUCCAAGUUUUCCAGAAAGGCCCUCAAGUGACUGCUUUAAUUAGCAGCGUUCCUGCUGCGGAAAAGGACGCAAUCACCGUCCGCUCCAAAAGUAGUUUAUCCAACGUGUCCAGUACCCAUAUAGUGGCGCCCAAUCCCCAGCUGGACUAUCAGAGCCACCACAAAGUACAAAAGCACAAAUCUCCAAGGAAUGGCUUCAAAUCGCCCUUGAGAGAAUGUUGCGAUGAAAGUGAUAAAGGGUCUUAUAGAAAGCAUCAUCAUCACCAUCGGGAGAAGGAUUAUAACUCAGAAACCAACUCCCAUGGGGACCAGCGGCCAAGAGGGAAGAACAUGGAAAAACGAUAUUCCGCAGAUUUUUCUAAAACAAACUCUGAAAAGGAUUAUCGGAAUUCCGAUGUGGUCGAUCAAAGCUACAAGAAAGCCACGAAAAUAAUCCAGGAGCUGACGCGGCCCACCAAAGAAGCCACCUUAUACGAGAAACACCGACAGCGAUGUAUAACGGCCUCGGAGAAAUACAACGCCGAUAUCUUGAAGCAUUACAACGCCAGAAAAUCCACUUCUGUCCUGGACUUCAGGUCCGAAGUGCACAUAGGUCCAAAAUAUUCGGAUUCACGAAGCGUUGAAGACCUGGAAGCUCCGGAGAGCCCCUCCAAGGCAAUGACCAAGCUGUUUAAGAAACUUCAAUCCUCCAGAAGCGUGAAGUCCUUGGACUUCGACAGUGAUUGCAACUCAACCUCCACGAGAAACGGCUACAAGAGCACCGACUACAAUUCGGAAGUUGACAAUAGUCGCAAACAUCCCGCGUAUCCGAGUUAUUAUGACCACAGUUCAAAGCCGAGACCGACUCCUCCGAAGAAGCCGUUAAGGCUGUCGCUGCACAAAACCCCCAGCCUUCAAUCGGUGGAGUCUUCAAGUAAUACUCAUGAGGCCCAGAAUGGUAAAGCCGAGUCAAGGAAGCGCAACUACAAGGGGCUGAGGCAUUCACCGGAAAAAAAUGGAGAAAGUCGAGAACAUAGUGACUACAAAGACCAAAUCAUGUGGAAUUGCUAUAGAAGGACUUUGGAUAAUGGCGUAGAACAGGGCACCUGGUGUUGAAGUUGGGGUUUUGAUUAUGUCUGUACAAAUAAAACUGUGUUGAAUAAA